GCCAAAUGUCCUAAAUUACGUGAACUCAAAAAAGGAAUGCGUCGUAAAAAUAAUCGGGUGCAAUCAGAAUUAUUUCGUGGAGCAAUUCCAGUUAUAGAAAAAUGGAAAUAUCUUGAAAAGAAAUGGUCUCCCUCAGAUCGAAUUUUAUCAGCACAUCGACUUUCUCGAAGACUUGCAUCACAAAUAUGUCUCAAGCUUCAUUGUACAAAAUAUUCCGAAAUUCCAAUUCCAUUAAUUUAUAGGCCAAAAGAUGGGCGCAAACAAAACUGCCUUGUUCCAAUCCCUGGCUCAUCUGAGAAAAGGGAGCUAGUAAAAAAUGAUAUAAUACACUUACCCUUAAAUACACUUUCUGAUAAAUUCUUACAAGGCAU